AUGUUCCUCUUCGGCCUCGGACGCCUCGUCUACGUCGCCGUCCUAAUAACAAACGCAAUCGCAAUCCUAAGUGAAGACCGCUUCCUCGCCAGAAUCGGAUGGGGUCGCAGUCAAGCCGACCCUGCCUUCGGCACAUCCUACGAUAGUACCAGCGUCAAGGCGAAAACGGUAGAUCUGAUCGCCAGUGUGCGGACUGUUAUGCGAAGUAUGUUGUACCUACCUAUCUACCUAGCUGGCUAG